UGGCUUCAAAUUCCACUAGCCCCCCCCUCCUCCGUCGUCUUCUGCAAUAUUUUCCUCCUUGUCACUUUCCUGAGAAAACAAGCCUUGGAAACUCGAGGCUCAAUACCUCGAAGCUUUAUGCAGCACAUUCAAGAAUGCAUACCCUCUCGUAGAUCACGGCCAACACAUCCGCACAGAGAAAUUCCCGCCAACUAUUUGUUUGAAUUAUCUUUGAGUUAAUAACUUACGUUUCUGUGAAACGCUGGUCCGGUUGAUUUUGAUUGAAGAAAAAUGGAUAGAUUUUCGUAUAGAGAAAGUGUUCUGUUAGGGUAUAGUACUAGUCGUCGAGGAUCUUUCACGAACUCCAGCUCUUCACCCAAGACACCUAGCGGAGACUCCGAUUUUGAUUUCCACGAUGUCUUCGGCGGGCCACCGAAGCGGUUGUCGAUGCAAGAGAAGCGGCCCAGUUUCAACGAAGCCACGGGUUUCUAUGGACGUAAGAGCGAUGAUGAAGCAGCACUUCCAUGUCGUAUAGGUGAGUUGGCGGUGUUUGGGGAGGAAAAUGCGAAUCGAAGGCGGGACCUAAGCAAUGAUUUCUUCGAUGACAUUUUUCGAGGCGAUGAAUCUUCGAAUUCUACUCCGAGGAAGCUGGAUAAGGACCCUUUUACUUCAUCUCCAGGUUCGCGAAUUCUAAGCCCUGCCCGACCCCUGCCACCCAAAGCUGACCCCUUUGGGAUCAGUUCAUCAAUCGCUCCACAAUUAAGCCUACCUGCCAAAUUGACCAGAGGGACGGAUUUGCUGGUAUUUGGUUCCACCCGUCAUAGUCCAUCUAAAUACAAGGAUGGUCCAUCCAGCAGUGGCAUUGGCUUUUCUUAUUCUUCAACUUCGAAUCUUUCUCGAUUGUCAAGCCAAGCAAUCCAAAGCCAAGAGGAGUUGGGAAAUGAUGUUCAAUCAUCUUAUCAACAAAGCCCUUUGUCUCAGGAGAUCUCUCGUAGCAGAGAGGGGUCGCCGGACUUGAUUAAAUCUGAUAAAAGAGACACGGAAGGCAAUAUUGAAACGGAAUCGGAGGUCCCAAAAGACGGUAGCCAAUUUCACUUCUCAAUUUACAAAUGGGCUAGCAAAGGAGUGCCAUUGACGAUGCCUUUUAGAGGAGGGAGGAGCUCAAGAUUAAAAGAAUCUGCAAAGAUUGAGAGGUGCUCAAGCUCGAAUGGAUGGUUGGGAAGUAGAAGAAGGGCGAGGGAAACACCUGAAAACUCGCUUAGGAUGGAAUGCAACAAACUAGAAAAUUACUCCGUUCCCGAUGCAAGCACUCAAGAUAGAGUAAAACCAUGCCAAAAUGUUGAAGAAGCAAUUCUUCACACACCUGAAUCAGAAAGCUUGAGCAGCGUUCAAAAGGUUGUUGAGGAAGUUCCUGGUAAUACCAUCUUUCACGAUGUUAUAAGAGAAGUAAAACCUCAAUCUCUCCCAACGAUAGAUUUGCAUGAUAAUGCCGAGAAAGAAAAUACUGUGCUUACAAAAAAAGUUCACAAGCCUGCAGGGAAACCCCUUCGUUCUCUUUUGUCUGAAAAGGAUCAUGAACAAGACAAUGAUGGAAUCAGGGAAAAGGGUGAAGGAAAGGAAAGCACAGAUGAAAGCACAAAAACCCCAUUUUCUGUUGUUGAUGUAAGUGAAAAUGCAAAGAAACAAGAUGGAAAAGAAACAACCCAGAAUGAUGUAGAAGCUGAUAAAGCUACUUUCCAAGAUUCAUCCGUGCGCUCAGCUGAUAAGCUUGGGAGGAACAGAGCUAAGGGAAGGGUCAAAGAAUUCGUUAAAAUUUUCAACCAAGAAGCUUCUCAAAAACCCAAAGGCAAUAGCCCUAAAUUGUGGAAGAGAGACAAUUACAUAGUAGUGGACGAAUUUAACAUUAGUGCAACUGGAGUAGAAGAGAAAACUCCCAGGGCCAGUGUAAUCAUAAGAGUCCCAGAGACUUUUGCCACGGCAGAUGAAUACCUGAAACAGUCGGAGAAAGAACAUUCUGCCAUCAAGACUUCCAACUAUAUACUUAGUGAUACUUUGUCAGGACAAAAGGAUUACUCAUCAAGAACUGCAUCGACUCUUAAUGGCUCGAAGGCUACAGUUGAAGAUACAGACGAGUCCUUUGAAGGGAACUUCCUUAUAAAGCAGGUACCCCAAGGCGAGAAUGAACUGCUACAAAGUGGCGAUGAAGACAAAGAAAUCCAAGCUAUUGAUGCAAAAAUACGACAGUGGUCUAAUGGAAAGACACGAAAUAUUCGCUCAUUGCUAUCAACAUUACAAUAUGUUCUUUGGCCAGAAAGUGGGUGGAAGACUGUACCUCUUGUUGAUAUCAUUGAAGGGACUUCAGUGAAAAGAGCGUAUCAAAAAGCUCUACUCUGCCUACAUCCAGAUAAGUUACAGCAGAAGGGUGCUGCUUCUCAUCAAAAAUACAUUGCAGAAAAGGUUCUUGAGAUUUUGCAGGAGGCAUGGACUCAUUUCAACUCGCUUGGAUCAUUGUGACUUCAAUCCUCUUUGUCAAUACAUUCAGUCAGUCAGUCCACUAUCCAAGAGGACACAGACGAGGUGCUCAGAAACAAAAUGCAUGUACACAUGAAUAAAUCUUCAACUGUAAUUAAUAAAUUCCAUUUUGGGUUGUGCAUAUAUAGCUAAUGUAAAUUGAUUCCAUGAGGCAUUUGAAAUAUCAUGUUGGUAUACCAAAAAAUUCAUUUUCUUAUUC